UAGAAGUGUCACUGAUUUGAGAACUCUAGUUCUUUCCUGCGUGCCUACAGAAAUUAAGGAGCGUCUCUUUUCUGGGUUACAGGCUUUGGUGAGAAAUCCGGAAGAAAGAAUGUGUGAAAGAAAAAGAUGACAACUAUGCAUGGCAAACAAAAUCCGAAGAUUAUUACAGUGAAAGCAGAAAGAGGAAGUCAGAAGAAUACCUACUACUAAAGUUACCAUGAUGGAGAGUGAAGAGCUCCUCGGGACUUGGCACUGGCAACUAAAUGCUUGGCCUCUAAGUAGCUCCUGUGACUUCUUGCGGGUCCUUGGUCAGAGCUGAUCAGUCACGCACUCAACUGCAGGGGCCAGAUGACAGAGGGCAGGCACUGCCAGGUGCACCUCCUGGAUGAUAGGAGGCUGGAGCUGCUGGUUCAGCCCAAACUUUUAUCAAGAGAAUUGCUGGACCUUGUGGCUUCACAUUUCAACCUGAAAGAAAAGGAGUACUUUGGAAUAACAUUUACGGACGACACAGGUCAGCAGAACUGGCUACAGUUAGAUCACCGAGUUCUUGACCAUGAUCUGCCCAAGAAACCAGGCGCAACCAUUUUGCAUUUCGCUGUGAGGUUUUACAUUGAGAGCAUAUCAUUUUUGAAGGAUAAAACCACCGUGGAGCUUUUUUUCCUGAAUGCAAAGUCCUGUGUACUCAAGGGGCAAAUCGAAGCGGACAGCGAAACCAUCUUCAAGUUAGCCGCACUUGUGUUACAGGAAGCCAAAGGGGAUUAUACCAGUGAUGAAAAUGCCAGGAAAGACUUAAAGACAUUACCAGCCUUUCCAACCAAAACUCUUCAGGAACAUCCAUCCCUGGCUUACUGUGAGGACAGGGUGAUUGAGCAUUAUUUGAAAAUCAAAGGUCUGACCCGGGGUCAAGCUGUGGUUCAGUAUAUGAAAAUAGUAGAAGCUCUACCAACCUAUGGAGUCCAUUAUUACGCAGUAAAGGAUAAACAAGGACUUCCUUGGUGGCUUGGAAUCAGCUACAAAGGAAUCGGCCAGUAUGAUCUGCAAGAUAAAGUGAAACCUCGGAAAUUAUUCCAAUGGAAACAGCUUGAGAACUUGUAUUUCCGUGAGAAAAAAUUUGCCGUUGAAGUUCACGAUCCACGGAGGAUUUCUGUGUCAAGAAGAACCUUUGGGCAAAGUGGCCUCUUUGUGCAAACGUGGUAUGCAAACCCUUCUCUCAUCAAGUCCAUCUGGGUAAUGGCAAUUAGUCAACAUCAGUUUUAUUUGGACCGGAAGCAAAGCAAAGCAAAAAUUCCUUCAGCCAGGAGUUUGGAUGAUAUCGCGAUGGAUUUGACAGAGACAGGAACACCAAGGGUCUCCAAAAUGGUGACACUGGAGGCAAAAAGUCAGUUCAUCAUGGCGAGUAAUGGCAGCUUAAUAUCUUCAGGUUCUCAAGACUCAGAAGUUAGUGAGGAGCAGAAGAGGGAGAAAAUCCUCGAGCUCAGGAAGAAGGAGAAGCUCUUGCAAGAAAAACUCCUGAAGAAAGUCGAGGAGCUUAAGAAGAUCUGUUUGCGGGAGGCUGAGCUCACGGGCAAAAUGCCAAAGGAAUAUCCGCUGAACGUCGGUGAGAAACCGCCUCAGGUCAGAAGGCGUGUGGGUGCCGCGUUCAAACUGGAUGACAACCUGCUGCCCAGCGAGGAGGACCCUGCCCUACAAGAACUGGAGAGCAAUUUCCUAAUACAGCAAAAGCUGGUUGAAGCUGCGAAGAAACUUGCCAACGAGCCAGACCUUUGUAAAACCGUGAAGAAAAAACGAAAGCAGGAUUACACGGAUGCUGUGAAAAAGCUUCAGGACAUUGAAAACGCGAUAAAUGAAUACCGGAUCAGAUGUGGAAAGAAACCCAGCCAGAAAGCAACAGUGAUUUUACCAGAAGACAUAAUCCCAUCAGAGAGCAGCUCCUUGUCUGACACUACCACCUAUGAUGAUUCUGAUGCCUUCACUCUUGCUGGGCAGCGACCAAGUUCAGUACCUCAUUCUCCAAGAAUUCUUCCCCCCAAGUCUCUCGGUAUCGAGCGAAUCCAUUUCAGAAAGUCGUCUGUCAAUGAACAGUUUGUGGAUACCAGGCAGUCCAGGGAAAUGCUGUCGACACACAGCAGCCCUUACAGAACCCUGGAGAGGCGGCCCCAGGGAGGACGCAGCAUGCCCACCACACCGGUUCUCACCCGCAACGCCUACAGCAGCAGCCACUUGGAACCCGAAUCUUCUUCCCAACACUGCCGCCAGCGGAGUGGAAGCCUUGAGUCUCAGUCCCACCUGCUGUCUGAGAUGGACAACGAUAAGCCAUUUUUCUCCCUCUCCAAAUCCCAAAGAAGCAGUAGUACAGAAAUCCUGGAUGACGGGUCUUCCUACACCAGCCAAUCAAGCACAGAGUAUUACUGCGUGACGCCUGUUGCUGGCCCCUAUUACACUACUCAGACUCUGGACACUCGUGCCAGGGGCCGGAGAAGGUCUAAGAAACAGAAUGUUUCGACUUCAAAUUCAGGAAGCAUGCCCAACCUAGCACAAAAGGAUAGUUUGAGGAAUGGCGUCUACACAAAGAGUCAGGAACAACCUUCUUCUAGUUACUAUAUUGCCGGGUACACACCAUAUGCAGAGUGUGACCUUUAUUACAGUGGUGGCUAUGUCUAUGAGAAUGACACUGAGGGACAGUACAGUGUCAAUCCUUCCUACCGGUCCUCGGUCCACUAUGGAUACGAGCGCCAAAGGGACUAUAGCAGGUCCUUUCAUGAAGACGAGGUCGACCGGGUACCCCAUAACCCAUAUGCAACUCUCCGGCUGCCCAGGAAGGCUGCAGCUAAGUCAGAGCACAUCACCAAAAACAUCCACAAGGCCUUAGUUGCCGAGCACCUGCGUGGCUGGUACCAGCGGGCCUCUGGACAGAAGGAUCAGGGGCACAGCCCCCAGACUAGCUUUGACUCGGACAGGGGAUCGCAGAGAUGCCUGGGGUUUGCUGGGCUGCAAGUACCCUGCUCUCCCAGCAGUCGAACAUCUUCCUACUCUUCAGUAUCUUCUACAAAUGCUUCUGGGAACUGGAGGACCCAGAUAGCUGUAGGGCUAUCUGAAUACGAGACCCCGGCACAUUCUUCCUACACCAGCUGCUAUGGCAACAUCUAUAAUCCUUUGCCCUCUCCAGGCAGGCAAAACCGAGGGCUUCUGUCCCGGAGAAUGGUUGUGUCUCCAGAAAUGAGAUCAGUUUUAAAUUCUCUUUUGCUAAGUGUAGCCAGCAGUAACAGUACACAGAGAUCAGUCAACUGGACAGUACAGAUGGAAACCGGUUGGAAGAAAGCCUGAAGAGUAGAGAGCAGAGGCUCUUUUGGCACGAAGAUUCAAAGCCUGGAACAUUAGUCUGAACUGCACUUGGACCUCUUGACCAAGCACCGCGUUCUCACACUAGUGUGCCUUGCAAAAUGUGUUCGUCUUCCCAGAAAGCUAUUUGGCUUUAGAAAGCUAAAAGCAUCAAAGGUUGAAGAGAGGACUCUUGCUGCCCUGGAAGUGAAUCACACUCUAAGGCCACGGAAAAGCCCCUGAACCACAUGCCUUUCCAGCUCCGGGCACUAACCUAACAGCAAGGUGGAACCAUUGCCAAGGACAGACUCAGCCUUUAUCAGUAGCAAGCACUUGUUAAGGGAAUAAAAGUUGUUGAAGGCAAACCGUAAAACUGAAAAGUGUGUUCAGGGUCUCCAGUAGGAAGGAAGGUUGGGAAAUUUCAGAGCACUGUUCAGCAUGAUGAGAAGAAGAACAACGAGGAGCUCCUCAGUCAUUGCUCACCAUCAGAAAGUUUGGAGUUGUGAGCCUGCGAAGAAUGACAUGGUAUUUCUACAUGGACGUCAACAAUUGAGACAGUAUUGGAAAAUUACUUGAAGAGAAGCUGGAUUUUCAUGAAGUUCUGAAUGAGUGUAAAUGUUUUUAGGAUAUUAUAAAGAGUGAUGGUUUUCAUAAGCACCAUAAAAUGGGUUCCGGAAAGACUUACUGCCGGAGCAUCCUGUAAUAUAACUUUAUGGUAGCAGAUUGGGGAAAACACAGCAGCCCACUGAAUAAUUGACAAACUCUGCUUGGAGAAUUUUCUAAGGUCCAAUAUUAUUGGGCUCCUUUUUUCUUUCUACACCAGUGGCCUGAUGGGUUAUUAUUCAGGCUGGUAACUCUCCAAUUUGGUUGUCAUUUGAAAUGGCAGACCUGACAUGGAGAGUUUUUAUAAUCAAGAGUUUGAAAAACUAUUUUAAGGUAAUACAACACAAAGAACCCAAAACAAAACAAAAGCCACAUCAUUUUAGAUGAAUUGCGUGCCUUAAAAUGGUGAACAUUAGGAAAGUAAGCAUAUUGUCCAGAUCCCACAGAGGGUUCUAAGUCACCAAGUGACAAAAACAAGAUUAGUCAUUAAAAAGGAAAAAACAAAAGCAAAACAAAACAAAAAACAACAAAAAACAAAAAAAAACAAAAAACUCCAAGCUGCAGAUUUAAUUAUGAGGCUAAAACUACCUCAUACUUCACUUGGAAGAACUAAUUAGCUAUGGUUUAUGGUAGGGUUUUUAAAAAAAAAAAAUUCCAUAUUCUAGAUUGAUCUUUUUUGUCAUCUUCACUCUGCUUCAAUAUUCCAUAAAAGGUGCUCCCCACCCCCCUUUUAUACAGGUUUCAUGUUCCUAUUGUGAAGAGAGAAGUUUCUGAACAACUUUUUUGGAACAUUUUCUAUCUAUAUUCCAAAGCAUGUAAUAUAUACAUAAAGAUGAUUUGUUAAACUGGUCCUUAGUCAUUUGUAUCAUUAAAAAUGAAGUUUGGGGAACGAAUUUGGAGCAAAACAGAAGACAUGCAGAUAAAUAAUAACUUAUUCCUUUUUGCAUAUUUGUAUAGCCUUCUAGAAACAGAAAUACUUUUGCAUAUUCUUUUACUGUUCUGACUUUUUAAGACCUAUUAUUUUUUUACAUAGGUCAAUAAACUGAAGGUGUGCUACUGAAAAUGUUUACGUAUUCUUCCAUUAUAUUCAGGGCUCAUCCAAAGCAGUUUGAAGUGUUCUACUUCAUGUAAUCCUCUUGGACAAGAUUGCAGAUUUUUAGUUGUAGUAUUACCGUAUUUUACUGACGCCAAGGUGCCCAUUUUUUCACAUUUACAUCCUUGAAAUCAGGAUGCAUCUUUUGACUGAUGGCAUGCUCUAAAGGAAUUGGCAGUGUUUUUUUCUUUCUUAGCGCUACAUAAAAUGAUGCUGUGUCUCACAAUAAAGUUGUCUUAGAACUGAUGAAAUACGGUAGUUUAUUGCCUCGCUGAGGAUGACAGAUGUGAAUUUUUAGGCUUCCCGAUCUUGCGAAUGUUGUUUGUUUGUAACAAGCCCUUCAUCCUAGUUUUGCAGAGUCGCAAACUGGUCUUUUAAAUUCAGGAAAAUGUUUCAUCUGGCAUGUAUUUGUCCUGCACAAUGGGGAGAAGGGAAUGGGAAAUGAAACGUAGGAAGACCUUAAUACUUCCGUGCAAGUAUCUUAAAUGGAAAUAGCCUUCUGUUGAAGAAAUGGAAUGCUCAGAACUGCAAGUGGGCCUGGAAAGAACGCGUGGAACUUGGUUCCCAAAUAUUUAAAGAAGGUAAAGAAAUAGAAGCACCGGGGGCUUGCUGUAUGAUUUUUUUUUUACCCGCUAUCUUUUUAGGAAAACCUCUCUCAACUGCAUUUUUGGUAUAUUUAUUAAUAACCAAAACAUGACAGAGGCAAAUUGUUCAACAUCACACAUCAAUCUGCUUCAUAUUACGGUGUAUCAUAUAGUCAUGAUAAAAAUUUGAAGUUCAAACACAAAGCAAAUAUAUAACAUGAGAACAUAAUCGCCCCUGGGAGCCUAACAUUUCAGAUGUAAGAACUGAUUUUUUUUUCAGACUGGUUAAUUUAUAUUAGUUCAGGUUUUCUUCUAUGUAUAUAGUAAUUUUUUUAAUACAGCAUCAUAUUACAAGUACAGUUUACAACUUGUUUCUUCCCUGAACAUACCUUGGGCUUCUCUGUAUCAGUAUAUAUUUUGAUCUACCUCAUAAAAAUGUAUAUUUUACAAGGUGGAUUUUUUAAAUUGCCUCACCUUCUUUGCUGUUUAUAUUUUUUUUCUAUAUUUCAGAAAAUUCUUCAAAAUCUUUCUUGUACUCAUAAAAGCUUAAUGUUAUAAGCAAUAAAGAUUCCAGAAUUGUCUCAAA